AUGGAGCAUCAGCCCAUACUCUCUGAGAAGCUGCGGUCUUAUGACACGGCAGAUGCCAAGGGUCGCAAGACUCUGGUUCAGAGCUUGUGCCAGAAGCUGAAGACACAGUUUGUCGACGUGUCAAAUUAUGAUGACAUCAUUGUGGAAACUAAAAUCCAAGAGUGGCUCAAUAACCACACCCGCCAUGUGCAGGAGAAAGCGACGAAAAAGUGUAUGCAUGUUUCUGGCAAGCCCAAUGCCUUUAAGGUGUGGGAUGCGCUGGAGAGGGACAAGGUGACUGAGGCCGCACGAGCACUCAUGGCAGAAAAGGGUUGCAAUGUCUCCAAGGUGUGGAGAGUCGCACGGAGUGCCGAAUGGGCAAAACUGUCCGAGGAGGAGCAGAAGGUGUAUGAGGAAAAGGCGGAAAGUUGGCGCAAUGGCACUCUGGAUGAUAAGAUGAAAAUGAAGCUGAGGGAGCAGCAAAUGAUGCAAUAUCUGAAGAAGUUUGCCAAGACUAUGUGGGACACCAUGGGCAUUCGCAUGGCAUUCAUGCUAGCAUAUCCGAAGGAAGCGGGGAGUCUGAAGGUAGAGAUGGUGGAGGUCAACCACGCCAUCACCAAUGGAACUCCAUUCGGGGCCUAUCCUGGGUGGCUGCGUGCUUACCAGCCUCUAGCAAAGGUGUUCUCUGAGUGGGCCAAAGGCGAAUACGGUGUGACUGAGACUAUGGUGACGGUGAAGAAGACGCCUGCCAAUUGCAUGCGGGCCAUGGACAAGAUUUGGUUGACAGCCAACGGUUUUCCUCUGCUCCCGUCAGUGCCCAAAGGUACGGCGGAAGCGCCUCUCAAGGUGAUGAAGGUACAAGUUCGAGACUUCAUGAAUCAUCACUACGCAUUGGCGAAGGGUGUUCGGAACUGCAAGUCACCAUGGACGAAGCUGAACAGCAUAGACGACAUCAAAUGA